AUGCCACACUGCGAUAUGGAAGCUGGCAGCUCUGAGGAGCUCUUCCAGUCCGUGAAUCAUGCGGAGCAGACAUUUCAUAAGAUGGAGCUCUACCUCAAGCAACACCAGCUGUGUGAUGUCAUCCUGAUCGCUGGAAAUCGGAAAAUUCCUGCUCAUAGACUCGUUCUUAGUGCUGUUUCAGACUAUUUCGCUGCCAUGUUCACAAGUGAUGUCUGUGAAGCAAAACAAGAGGAAAUCAAAAUGGAGGGGAUAGAUCCCACUGCACUCUGGGAUCUCGUCCAAUUUGCUUACACAGGCUGCCUUGAGUUAAAAGAGGAGACAAUCGAGAAUCUCCUUGCGGCCGCCUGUCUACUCCAGCUCUCCCAGGUUGUGGAGGUGUGCUGUCAUUUUCUGAUGAAGUUGCUCCAUCCGUCAAACUGCUUGGGUAUCCGAGCUUUUGCUGAUGCUCAAGGCUGCACUGAGUUAAUGAAGGUGGCUCACAACUACACAAUGGAGCACAUUAUGGAAGUGAUCAGAAAUCAGGAAUUUUUGCUGCUGCCUACAGAUGACAUUCUUAAACUUCUAGUAAGUGAUGACGUGAAUGUUCCUGAUGAAGAGACAAUAUUCCAUGCCCUGAUGAUGUGGGUGAAAUAUGACGUGCAAAGGAGAUGUCGAGAUUUGGCAACACUGCUGGCGUACAUAAGGUUGCCACUGCUCCCACCUCAGCUCCUGGCUGACCUUGAAAACAAUGUUCUUUUCAAAGAUGACCUUGAGUGCCAAAAGCUUAUAUUGGAAGCCAUGAAGUAUCAUCUGUUGCCAGAACGAAGGCCUCUAAUGCAGAGUCCAAGGACUAGACCUCGUAAGUCUACAGUAGGAGCUCUGUAUGCAGUUGGAGGAAUGGAUGCAAAUAAAGGUGCCACUACAAUAGAAAAAUAUGACCUGCGAACAAAUACUUGGACCCAAGCUGGGGUAAUGAAUGGCAGGAGACUGCAAUUUGGAGUAGCUGUCAUUGAUGAUAAACUAUACGUGGUUGGAGGCAGAGAUGGCCUGAAGACUUUAAGCACUGUGGAAUGUUACAACCCAAAAACAAAGACCUGGACUGUCCUGCCUUCUAUGUCAACUCACAGACAUGGCCUUGGUGUUGCUGUGUUAGAAGGACCAAUGUAUGCAGUAGGGGGCCAUGAUGGCUGGAGUUACCUAAAUACUGUGGAACGGUGGGAUCCACAAGCCUGCCAGUGGACCUUUGUGGCCAGCAUGUCUGUUGCUCGAAGCACGGUGGGAGUGGCAGCACUAAAUGGCAAGUUGUAUGCUGUAGGGGGUCGAGAUGGAAGUGCUUGCCUCAAAUCUAUUGAGUGCUAUGAUCCACACACCAAUAAAUGGAGUAUGUGUACACCCAUGUCCAAGAGAAGAGGAGGUGUGGGUGUGGCAACAUGCGAUGGUUUUCUUUAUGCAGUUGGAGGCCAUGAUGCUCCUGCUUCGAACCACUGCUCUCGGCUUUCGGACUGUGUAGAGAGAUAUGAUCCUAAGACUGAUACUUGGACAAUGAUAGCUCCAGUGAGUGUCCCCCGUGAUGCAGUUGGGGUCUGUCUGCUUGGAGAUAGGCUAUAUGCAGUUGGUGGAUAUGACGGACAAACUUAUCUAAACACAAUGGAAUCCUAUGACCCUCAGACCAAUGAAUGGACACAGGCAGCAUCUCUGAACAUUGGACGAGCUGGAGCCUGUGUUGUAGUUGUUAAGAUAUAAAGUCGCAGUCAUUGCAUGAAGCAAUCUCUUCUAUUGCUUUGAACUGGUACUUGUAACUUGUAUCUGCAUC